AUGCAGAUUACCGAAGACGCCAAGCGGCAUUGGGAUGAGACGCUCGCUGCCCUCCACAAAAUACCAGCGAGCGAUCAGCUACGCAACGUCUUCCGGCCCGUUCGGGAUCGCACCUGGGACGAGGCCACCUUCAUCGAACACCUGACGUCGGUGGCUUAUAUGACAGGACCAGGAAGACGCGAUUACUACGACGACCCAUUGUUAGGCCUGCACCAUAUGAACUCCUUCACAGACCUGUUCAACGAGAAAUACCCCCAACACCGCAUCUCCCAGUGUGGAGUAGGAUUCGGGUUGUGUCCCCGCGACUGGACGAACGAGUUGGACGGGGAAAGCCAGCGUUGGGUGAUUACCUACCGUGGGGACCGUCUCUUCUCCGAGGGCCUGGUCACUCUACUCUGUGGCCCUACUACAUUGGACUGCGGCAUGGACAGUCAGCUGAAGCUUUGGGUUGCGUUGCUUCUCACUGUUGGAGACGAUGUCUUGCAAGAAGUAAUGCCUUUCGAAGCUGGUCAAUUCAUUCUGACCCAACAAUGGCAUUUGCCCUUGGAUGAGGCUGGCGUCCAUGGGAGCUUGCUCCACCCCUUUUACGAUCUGGUGUCAGCGGAUUGCCUAUCGCCGACAGCGCGUAUUCAUACGAGAACCUUCUACAACCAUCGAACCUACCUCGUCAAACAUCCCGCGGGGAUGGGCCGCUUACAAAAUGUCACCCAAAUCGAUGGAAAGUACUGCGUUUUUGACCCACCCGACAGCCAGAACUUGCUUUCCCCUUCCCAACUGGAACAGAAGCUCAUGCACCAGUACAAUGCGCCUCAGACUGCAGCUGACCUGGAAACGUUAUACAUAUGGGAUGCGCUUCCAGACAGACAGCAUGCACACUUCCGCAAGUUUACGCUGGGAUACUGCUCUGCGGCAGGGAAAAGAAUAGCAAACUUUGCAUUUGACGCGGCAAGCUGGGAGAAUACCAAGGCCCAGAGAGACGAAGACGCCGAAGGACUGCACCUCGUGUUCAAUGUGGAACGACUUUUGACUUGCAUCCGGGAGACGAUGCAAGCAUACCGUAUGGGGAACCGAAACGAAGACUUUUGGUCUAGGGCGAGGAGACUGAAGGAGGAAUCAUCUCUGUCGUAA